CUACGUGAUGCGUCCAUGAGCAUGGCCGAGGAGCGUGGAUGGGAGAGCUGGCACAGCCACGGAACUAACAGGUGGGAUGCCCCUCGCUUUCUGACCCCCAUCUUCCUUUCGUAUCCAUUCUGGAUCAAGCCAUCUGGUAGAAGGCAUGAUGGGCCAGGCUUGGUUAUUCAAGCAACGUGCGCCGAGUUCUUCAACACGUAGUUGGUACCAGCGCAGAAGACCACUGAUCAAUUGGUAUUCGCCCAUGUGUGAAGUUGUUCAGUGCUGCGUUCGAUUGUCAGCCCCUCUUGGCGCAGCUGCAUGCCACAUGGCGUAGCUCAAGAGUUCGGCGGCAUUAUCCUUCGUGGGAACUGGCUAUGGCGCCGCGUCACAUCCCCUACAUUGGCAUUAUUAUGGCAACUACUCGCUCGUACAUGUAUGAUUACGUGUAGCACAUCAAUUUGUAACCGCCGCGUAGGGGGUAUGGCGUGACGCAGUCUCUUCACAAUGGCGACACCAACUCAGAACACAGACAGAACGUCGUUUGCCUCACCAAAGUCGGCAACAAACAUAAUCCGUGAUGCCAGCAAGCUUGUACGUUUCAGACACCUGCUUCUAAUUACGCGUCGGUGCUUUGUAUACACUGGCCUGUCGUGUGAUUUCGCUAUUGGGCCACAGUGGUAUUGGUUCGUGCAGGUGAGGGGAAUUGAACUCAUCAACACGGUAUGUCGGUGGAUUGUAGCGUUGGUGCUACAUUGCACAAGCACGCGCUGAUGUUCUGUCGCUGGCCGCUUCUCUGGUCAGGAUCUGAUUGUUUCGAUGUCGAGAGCAUGCGCGAACAUGAAAGUUCCACUUGGUCACGAUUGACAGUGGAACGCUGGUACCGUGCGACCACUUGGCGCUCACAAUUGCACAUUCACUGUUUGGUAUUACUACCAAGUUGGUUAUAAUCCUGAUUCGUACUCCUCCUUUUCAAUCGUCGGAUCCUUGUGAACACUUCGCUCUUCUAGGUAUGGGCCCUUCUCAAGACGUUGGCUGGCUCUUGGACCACCUCAGUUCGGCUCCCAGCUAUGAAACUUCGGCCCUGUUUUUUUGAACGCGGCCUUCCAGCCCAUGAUGGUUUCAGAUACUGUAUACCUGCUUCACCUUCUUGCUCUCCCUCGUGGUCACUUGCCCGCAUCCCCCAUUACUCGCCUGGGAUUGGAUAUAUGGACUCCGAUCCUGAGGUGCAUUCCACAUGUAUCACACGCUCAUUGCAGAAUAUGAUGCGCGAGAGAGCGUACCCAACACUCCCGCAUCUCAGUUCCGUAGCCAUUUUGGCUCAAGGGCUCUCCGGCAAGACCGCGUCAGCCAGUAGUCUCCGCCCCGCGGGAGUCCAGAGCGCAAACGCCGCCAGGCCCCCGCUGUGCGCACAGGAGGCAGGAUGGGCGAGCGUGGAGCCAGCUGCAACUCUCUCGGGAGGGGCCUCUGGACGUCCUGCUGCGCCGCCAUCUGGGCCCUGACCAUCAUCGGCUGCUUCCUUGGCACCGUCGCGGUGAGGUACCUGAUCGGCCCCCUCAAGGACUUCCCCGCCAGCCUCCACGAGGGCUUCUACCAGGAGCUCGGCUUCGCUGGGCUGAGGUCGGACUCGGAGAGGGUGCAGAACGCCUCCGCGGCCGCGCUCGCGGCCUGCGGUGCCUCGGUCGCGCAGUGCCCCAGCCCGCCCGGCGCCGGCACCCAGGCAGACACCUCGGCAGAGCGGGCGGAGAUCCAGGGCGCCUUCAACAGCUCCCUGAGCACGAUCUUCAGGGUGGCCACCGAUCCCUAUCUGGGCACCGAGGGCCUGAGCUCCACGGCCGAGCACCUCAGGAGCAUCUCGGAGCAGCUGGACAGCCUCGACACCGCGGAGUGUGGCGUCACCAACGUCGCGUACUGCGAGAUCCACGAGGCCGCCAACAGCCUCGUGGACGGGUCGCAGGAGGCUCUCGCUGCCAUCGACGAGCUGAUCGACUCGGAGCAGGUCCAGCGGUUCGAGGACGGCCUCGCUCUCCUGUACGUGCUGCCCUACCUGCCGCUGGUGUCCCUGCUGUUCUUCUCGUGCUUCUGGAGGAAGGACGCGGCGUGGUGCUGCUGUGGCGGAUCUGCCGUUGGCUGCCUCGCCUGGGCUCUCCACUUGGCCUUCUGGUUGGCCUCGCUGAUCGUCAACCUCGUGAUCGUGGUCGAGGCGUGGGCCCUGAAAUUCUCGCAGGACGGGAUCACGAUGGGCGCGCCCUUCAACGGAAAUCCCACGCUCUCGGAGCUGCUGAGCCAUGUCGAGAGGACCUACCCCGACUUCUGGGCCAUCGUGGUGGUGCCUUUGGAGAAUCCUCUGAGCAAGCUGUACGUGUCGUCCUUCGUCCUCCUGGUGGCCUGCCUCCUGCUGGGGGUCUACGGCCUCUGCCUCCCCGUGUGCCGCCCGUACACGGACAAAGGGACCGCUUGAGUGCGAUGGUGUCCCACCCGAGCAUCAACCAGCACAGUAAAGUCUGUGCGUGCUGCCAUUGUGCAUCCCCUGAGCAGGACGGUCCAGACCCUCACCGGCGCCGUCCCGCGCUUCUUUCACUCUUCAGAUCCAUCACGGCCUUCAGCUGGGCGCAUCCAUCCCUGCUUACAGCGCUGUGGGCCAGUCAAUCGUGGCGAAGAAAAAAAACACUCCCGCAUUUCAGUGCAUGAUUCUGGCAGCAGCGAAGGUCGCCGUCGGCUGCUGAUCGCGCUGCCGAGCCGUAGGUCCAAACUCAUUCGGUGCGGUCGCCUCCUCCUUCUCCUCUUC